AUGAUUAAAAUAACUUCUCGAAAAAUAGAUUUAUACAUAGUUUUUAAAAAAUUUAUUCUAGCGUUUUCAAAAGAAAAAAUUGAAGAAAUAUUUACCACGAUAAAAAAAGAAAACAAAAAUAUUUCACAAGAAUUUAUUAUUAAAUUCAAUAUUUUAUGCAAUUCGGAAACAAAAUUUAACAAUUUUGUUAAUUUAGUAAAUUAUUUAUUAGAAAAUGAAGUACAGAUGAAUAAUUUAGAAAAUAAAUUAAAAAAUUUAGUUGAAAAUGUGAAAAACUUUCGUUCAAAAAAUUUCAAUGAGAAUGAACAAUCCAGUAAAAUAUUGAAGGAAAUAACAUUGAUAGCUCAAUUUUCUACAUAUAAUGGGGUUGAAGUGAAGGUUGCAAACGAGGCUUUUGAUGAUAUUCUUAAAGAGAUGGAAGAGAUGGAAGAGUUUCAACUAGUUGUAAAAUUUUUGCGAAUUCUUAUCUUUUGUGCUACAAUAAAACAUUCAUUUUUAAAAACUAAAAGAAAGAUAUCAAUACAAUUUUGUGUUAACUAUGUAUUACCCAAGGCAAGAGAUGUUUUAUAUUCAGUUGGAUUAGGAUUUAAUUUUGGGGAAUUUCAAAUUAAGAAGAUGCAAAGUAUAGAUAGAGUGGAAACUGGCAGUAAAUUGAAAGUAUCUGAUUGGUUAGUGCCAGAAAAAGUUGUAGAGAGAAAGAAAAAAGCUAAUUGGAAACCAAAUUUAGAAGUGAUUAAUGAGGAAUGAAAGUGAUGAAAGAAUGAAAGAUGAAAGAGAAAUGAAAGCAAAAAAUGAACAAAAAAAUUAUAAGCUAA